AUGUUUCGUGUUGAUAUAAACGACGAAUUAAAAUUAAUUCAAGUAAAAACUAAUGAAGAAUCCAAAGCAGAAAUUUUAGCCGAAGGAUAUUUUACUUUUGAUGAACCUGGUCAUGCUGUACUAGUGGUUUUUAAAUACAUCAACAUUUUGCCGGAAGAUUACUGCAAACUAGGUCAAUUACUUUCAACUUUCAUUCUUUAUGUGGGCCAGUACUUUAAGUCACUUAUAUGUCUACGUUUACCGGUUACAUUCGACAAUCUAAUUGAUUUUAAUAAACUUGAGUUUAAACCAAACAUCUCAAACUUCAUGGCAAUAAAGAAUGAUAACUUGAAAUACUAUGCCGACCGAAAUAUAGCAAGUCAGCAAGAUCAAUAUGUCCUAAUAACAGAUAAACAAUUGAUAUUGGGAUUUGCCGAAUCACUAUAUAAUAUAUUGAAGCAGGAAGCUUACUGGUGUGCAACACUGACUUUGGAAGAAAUGAAAAAUCGAAUCAAUUCAUCAGCACACAUUGCAAUGAUUUUAGAUAAAGCAUAUAAUCAACCGUGUGGUUAUGGACGUUUAUUUCUUUUAAAAAUUAACACUCAACUCUUUGGAUAUAUGUCGGAUGUUGCUAUCAACAGUUCUCAUCAAUCGAAAGGUCUUGGUAGCAUUUUAGUAAAUCAUUUCGUCGGUACAUUUUUAAAGGAAUACAUUGAACUAGAAAAUAUUGAUUGUACACUUUGUUUACUAUGCGCUGAUAAAGGUAGUGGUGCCAUACCGGCAUCUAAAAUAUAUCGAAAAGCAGGUUUUGAAUAUCUUACUGAUCAUGGUAAUCGUAUUGCUAUUUUUUCUAACAGAGAGUUUCGUUAA